AUGGUCAUCAAGGCCCACAUCAAGAAGCUGAAGCCCUAUGUGCCUCCACUUGAGGGACGUAACCCAAAGAAAUUCACACUUCUGGACUUCAAUGAGCGCACUGCGGAGGUGCCGGAGUUCGUGAAGGAGGCCAUGAAGGAGUUCAUUGACAACGGGGGGCUGCAGAAAUACCCGUCCUACGGCGGUUUACAGGCCGACAUCGCAACCUAUGCCGGGGUGAAACCGGAGGAGGUCAUGUUCACUAACGGCUCGGACCAGGGUAUCGACUUGGUCAUCCGAUGCUGCUGCGAGAAGGGAUCGGAGGUGAUCAUCCCUUCUCCGACUUUUGCGAUGUAUGAGCAGGCUUCUGAGGCAGAGGGUCUGGUGAUCCGCCGACCGCACUUCACCAAGGACAAGGGCUUCCCUCUGGAGGAGGUGUUGGCCAUUGUCAAUCAGAACACUUCGCUGAUCGUUCUGAGCAACCCGAAUAACCCCACGGGUACUGAGAUCCCGCGGGAUGCCAUCCUCGAGGUGCUGCGGAAGUGUCCAAAUGUCGGCGUGUUGGUCGACGAGUGCUACUUCGAGUUCAUGGAUCCGUCUACGACCGUCGCGAACGAGCUGGGGAACUUCCCCAAUCUCUUCGUUUGCCGGACUUUGGGGCAUCCCAUCCCUGCGACUCGGAUACCUGAUGUCCGCACCCGCCAAUAUCUCGGCGCUGUGCUGCGUCCGGGGUCCCUAUGA